UCACGCGACAGAGGAAUGUCCGCGUGUAAAGGCGAGUCACGUGUGGCGCAGCUCGCGCAUCGCACGUCGCCUGACUGUUGAUCUGAUUGAAGCAGGAUCUCCGCUCGAUGGUCUACAAACUGAGUUGUCAUUAAAAAACUCGACCGAAGAAUGAGCGAUAACGAUGACAUCGAGGUCGACAGUGACGAGGAAUCAUCGGGAUUUCAUUUUGUGGCAGACAAACGAGCUCAUCACAAUGCGCUGGAGCGUAAACGCAGGGACCACAUCAAAGACAGCUUUCACAGCCUCCGAGACUCUGUGCCUGCCUUACAGGGGGAAAAGGCCUCACGAGCUCAAAUCUUAGACAAAGCCACUGAGUACAUCCAGUACAUGAGACGGAAAAACCACACGCACCAGCAGGACAUUGAUGACCUGAAGCGACAGAACGCUCUGCUGGAACAGCAAGAAAUAAAACCUACUUGUUCCAGUUUGCAGUGGUAUAAAGCGGAGUCACUCCAGACCUAUACAAAAGUUCGAGCACUGGAGAAGGUAAAGGGGACCACACAGCUGCAGGGCGGCUACUCCUCGUCAGACAGCAGCCUGUACACUAACCUUAAAGGCAGCACCGUGUCGGCCUUCGACGGCGGCUCCGACUCAACCUCUGAGUCAGAACCCGAGGAACCGUCCACGAGGAAGAAGCUCCGCCAGGAGACCAGCUAAGAGCAGCACUUCCUUCUCGCUCUUCCAGCUUCUCCUCUCAGCUACUCCCUCUUCCUCAGUGUGCACCAAUCAGAGACUCCACAUCUCCCUGUUUCGUGUCUUUUACAGGCUUCUCCGGAUGCCGGCCCACAACCAGAACCAGAACCAGGGAGGCAGGAGAGAAGGACUCGUAGCACACGUUUCUCUCUCCUCCGUCCUCCCUCCGUCUGUCUCGGGCCGGCUCAGCAGUAACAACAACGCGGCAUCUCAAACCCACAACGAGGCAGCUUUGUGAUUUACGGACCUGGCGCUUCUUUUGUACGUUUGACGACACAAUGUGAUGAAGGAAGCGUACGGCUCCAGGCACUGCGCAAUGUUUCCUUUUGUUUUGUCCUUUUGUUGUAUAUGUUUAAAAAAAAAAAAAAGAAAGAAAAAAACCAACAUAAUUUUCUGAGUACUUACCCAAAGGAGCAGCUCAUUUUUCUAAACCUUUUGAAUUUUUCCAACAAAACGACGUGAGCGCACAAGAGCGGUUUGUCUGAACGCAGACCGGUCUGAUCGAGUCCGAUCAAAUCGCUGACAGGUUUGUUUGGGGGAAAAAAAAUUGUUCUUAGAUUUGUUGUUUUAGUGUGAAUUAGUAACUUUAUAUAGCUCAAAAUGUUUUAUAUAAAGGAAUACAUUAAUUUAUAUUCUCCCCUAUAUAUAUAUAUAUAUAUAUAUAAGUACUGGGUUUUGUACGUUUCAUGCCAUUUUGGAAAAAUUUAAGAAUUAUUUGAUUUGAUUUUUUUUUCAUAUCAAAAGGGGUUCGCACCUCUUCAGGGAAAGUUUUUUUUUUUUUUUUCUCAUCCCCUCCUUUUUAACAUUUGCAUGUUUGGAAGUCUAUAUAUUUGAUCUGUUUUAUUUGCUCCUUAAACAGUCGCUCAAGUCCAUUCCACAGAAACAAGCGGUAGGUCAAACAUACUGCCAACAAAUCAUCCGUCAGCCCGAAGCCUACCUUCGACUACGAGACUAUAAAUAAACAAACUAUUUUAUCCUUU